AUGGGUCGGGUCACUGACAGGGUCUCCGCCGGACAUGUACUCGUCACUGGGGGAGGCGGGAACAUCGGGAAACACAUCGUUCGACGUCUUCUGUCCGCUUCAACUCCCGUCACCCUUCUCGAUGCUGCUUGGCGUCCAAAGGAACUUCUCCCUUCACUCACGCCCUCCUCCCGUUCCCUUCUCAAAGUCGUCAAGGGUGACUUUCGCAAUACCACGCUCCUAUCCGACAUCCUCACGCCUGAUAUCGUCGGCAUCGUUCACCUUGGUGGCGUCUCCCGCGUGCUGCUGUGCCUCGAGAACGAAGCUGACUGCUGGGACAUAAAUGAACGAGGAACGAAACUUGCGUUGGAGGCAUUAUCCAAUUUAAACGCAAAGGACAACGGACGCAGAUGGUUCGUACUCGCUUCUUCGAUAGCAGUAUACGGAGACAUGCCUCCGGGAAGGGAGAAUGUACCAUUCGAGGAGGAUACGGAAAAGAAACCUGUGAAUGCGUAUGGAGCGAGCAAGUUGGCUUCUGAGAAGGCCGUGCAGGCGCAUUUGGAGGAAGUCAAAAAGCAGAAGGGCGGCGGGUCGAUACAUGCUGUCGCGUUGAGGUUGUCGGUUGUGUAUGGAAGUAUCUAUGAUCAUGUGGAGAGGUUUCUGCCUUCUAUCGCCAUGCAGGCGUUAUCACAUCAGCUUAUACAGAUUUCGGGGGGCGAGCAACACUUUGACCUACUUCAUAUUGACGACUGCGUCGACGGAUUCCUCCUCGCCAUCAAACACCUAACCUCUUCUCUGUCCGGGCACGCUCCACGCACCUACUUCGAUGCAUUUAGCCUCGUCUCAGGUUUCUCCGCCCCCGUCUCCACAAUUGUUUCUACCCUCGUGAAACUCGCACGAUCCAAAUCACCUAUCCAGUACAUUCCAGGCGACGAUCGAUUCCCAAGCACCUAUCGGGGAAGUGCCGAAAAAGCCCAAAAAAUCCUGGGUUAUGAGCCUCAGGUCAACGUCGAAGAAGGUCUGGAACGAUUCGUGCGAGCUUUCCUCCAGCAAACGGAACAUUACCUGUCGGCGAAACUAGGAUCGACGUGUGGAAAGGCUUCCCCUUCUAUCAAAGAAAGCUCAGAUGAGAAUCUGAACAAAUUGGAUAGGUGUACGGUUCAUGUGAAUGUGAACAUCCAAGGCGAAUUCGCUGCUCUCUUCCCGCCUAAAAGUGGGGAAAGAGAUCAAUGGACGACGGGGACGACCAUGCCUCCUCCCACACUUCACACGGAUAUCUUCGUUCGUUCGGGUUCCCAACCUGUCAAGGACUUGCGACCGCUUCCUGAGGAACGAGGGAAGGAUCACGUUCAGUUAGGGUUUAAAGCAGGUCCUGUGACGCUUCAGAGGAUAAGCGAGAAGGAAUUGGGAAAAGGUGUUGGGGUUGGGGUUGCAUUCGUAGAUUGGGAAUUGGAGGCGAACCCGGAGCAAGGGACAGUUCGGCUUGCCGUUCCGGGGACGAAUCUCUUCUUGAUGGGCCCUACGUUUGUUGGGAAAAAUUUUACGCUGGCGGAGAAGAAAGAGGAAAGGGGAGGAAGAGGAAGAGGUGUGGAGGGGAACAACAGGGGAGAAGAGGAGGUUUGGCCUAUGAAGAUCUCGCCAAGCUGUUGUCCCGCACCAGCUCCGUGGCCUUUCUUUCAUGAUAAUCCUAUUGACUAUACAAUCGAGUACCAAAAAAACUCGAUCAAACGUCCAUUCCUUGCUUCCCCCGCUAAAGCCCUUUGUAACCGUCUUCGACGUGCCAAGCUGAAGGCCGCUCAGGAUCUCGCCACGCUCUCCAGCCUACGACGGAGAACAACUCAUACUAACAAACUCAGCCCGCACCCAACAGAUUGGUCUAAUGCAAACUUACCAGCGUGUUCCAAUGCAUGCGAUCAUCCCACGAUCUGUAUAGAUACGGGAGAUUGCCAAUGUGUGUUAUCGACAUGUCCUGCCUCCCAACGUUUCCCUUUUUGGUCCUUUGCUAACCUCCCAGUUUUGUCCUACCCUCCACCAUCACUAUCGCCUUUUGAAUCCAAGAACUCUGAAUCGCCACUCGUAGAGGCCGUGAAGCGUUCCUCAUGGCGAAAUGUGCUUCGAGCACAAGCUUCUCGGUUCGUUGGAUUCAACAUCUCCUUUCCUCGAAUAUACGUCGCUCCUUUGUCGGACGAAGAUGAAGAAUGGGUGAAGAGUUGGAGAGAUCAGGCGGGGAGGAAGUAUGAUAUUGGAGCAUUGAGAGAGAAGCACUGUUUGAGUGCUGAUGCUCAGUUGGAGAGGGGUGUGAAGAGGAUGGGCGGUGAAGGGGUUAUGGCGAAAGGAGAGGAGAAUAGUACUGAGAUGGUGUUCAUACCGCAUUAUGAGGGGAGGUGGGAUAGCGGAAAUCGCAUCGAGGGAACGUACGAGCACACUUGGAAGACGGUCCAGGGCUUCGAUGCAUCCAAGGUUAUCAUUCCGUUCACGUUUGAUUGGGGUGUGUGCUUGACCUUUGAAUGGGAUAUUUGGGACAUCCGACGGAAACAUGGACCAAGGUUGUCUCCAAUUAUCAGGUCCACGACAGCGUGGAGCGUGAUGGCCGACCUAAACUCACCAUGUUACAGGCCCCAUCAAGACAUAGUGAUCCCACCUCGGACCUGUUUGUCUAAGCGACUCCUUGAGGCUUAUCCGAAUAUCUCAGAUGUUCGCCCCGCCCGUGACAGACGCGUCCUUGCUACCUUUUCUGGCUCCUCAUGGGGCACGGGUGUCCUCAGUAGGCAGAGAGUGGAAUGCACUCGCCAUGGGUGGUCCUCUGGCGAGCCAAAGGAGAAACUACAUCCCAAUGGUCCUUUGCUGAAGGCUAUAUACCGUGGCACUGGGGACUACGACUAUAUCAGCCUGCUGAACGAUACGAUCUUCUGUCCACAGCCCGCUGGUACCAAUGGUUGGUCCCCUCGUCUCGUAGAUUCGAUAUAUGCGGGUUGUAUACCCGUCCUCAUUGGACGAUCCUCACAUUAUCCAUUCUUCGAUCUGAUCGACUGGAGCAAGAUUUCGGUGACCGUCGAAUCCUCCGACCUUCCCGAUCUCGAGAACUUCCUGUUGUCGCGGUACACGCUUGAAGACAUCGAGCGGUUGCAAGCAAACAUAAUGCUUGUACGAGAUGCGUUUGUAUAUCCUUUGGAUGAUGUUAGCCCUGAGUAUGCUCAGAAGAGGAUGCUCGAUGAUAGAGGGCCGUUGUACUUUGCGCUGCAAUCGACGCGGAUGAGGAUGAUGAUGCAAUGGCCCACCGACUGA